AUGCAGCUCUACCUCGACUUUGGGCAGCGCUCAUUCGGGCGACAGAUCACCUGCCCCGAGUGCGGCCUGAUGUACACCGAGGGCGAGCCGAACGACGAGGCGGGUCACCGCGCACACCACGAGCGUGCGCUGCGCGGCGCGCCCAUGCGCGAGUGCGAGAGCGAGUCCGUGGCCUGCCGCCUGCCCGACGGCAGCCGCAUCUGCGUGGUCGACGUGGCGUCGGCCGAGCCGCAGCUCAGGCGUGCGCGCGAGGCGGCCACGCUGAUGGCGCGCGAUUUCGGCGAGUUUGAGCACAUGGCGCUCGCCUUUGAGGUCGGCCGGGAGGCGGGCUGCGCCCUCGCCGCCUCGUACGUGGGGGAGGAGCGGCUGCUCGUGUACGCCUCGGCGGAGGACGCGUCGCGGGACGCAUCCGAUUCCGCGACGGGCAAGACGUAA